AUGGAAGACCUGGAUCUCAAGAAGGCUUCGGCCCUCCCCAAGCCUGCCUCACGUCUCCCUCAGAUCUCAUCGCCGCCUCGACCUCUCGCCGAGUUGCAGAACGGCAGCAUGAAUGUGCGGAGUGGCAUCCCCCCACCCAUGACGGGCGCAAAACACAAGCCCUCGAGCUUACCCGAACCUGCAACCAAGAUACGAAGAACGCUGGCCGAAAGGGCCGGCGACCUGCCCAGUCGCAAGCCCACCGCGCCGCCGAGUUCAAGGCCUCUGUCAACCAGUGUCAAGGGCACUGUUGCGAGGAAGGAGCGUGGGUUCUCCGCAUCCACAUCCACAUCGCGCGCCGGAACACGGCCUGCCUCGAGAAGCACAACGGCGCCCUCCUUCAGUGCAAGCAUGGGCCCAGGUGCAAAGCCACCGAGACCCAAAUCAGCGUAUGGGCAGUACGCCGGCACCCACAUGCGUAGCAAGUCCCAUCAUUCGACCGCUCGUCCAGCGUCAUCCAUGAUUCGCCGGGAAGAGGACGACGAUGAGGAAGAGAGAGACUUCUACGACGACCGAAUGGAGGCCAUGGAGCGGCAGUUCAGCGCUUUCAAGGAGAAGAUGGAGACCGACAUGCAGAAGGCAACAGACCAGAAGGAGAGCAUCCAGCAACUCCAGAGUCGAGUCGCUGAACUCGAGGCUAUCCGCGCCCGUUUGGAAACCGUCAACAGAGACCUGGAGACAGACCUGAAGGAUGCCAAAAGUUGCAUGAAGACAAUGGAAAUGGAGAUGGAGAUGACGAAGCGAAACACUGCGUUCGAAACUGAUGACAUUCGACGAAAAUUCCGUAACGAAAUCGAAGAUCUCGAGAACAAGCACGAGAAGGCGACCCACCGCUGGCAGACAGAGAAGGAAGCCGCCGAAGAGAAGGUCCGCCGAAGUUUUGAGGCACAAAUCGACCAGCUUCUGAAGGAGCACAAGGAACAACUGGACGAACUGAACGCGAAGCUAUCGAAGGAAACCGAGGUAGAACGGACCAGGCAGUUGCAGAAAGAGCAGGAAGUGGAAGCUGAAUAUGCCUCCAAGUUGAGAGCCGCUGGUAUCGAGGCCGACGCAAGACAGCGCGAGCUGCAGCUGGUGCAGGGCGACCUCACAAACGUCAAAUCCGAGUUGGACCGGGAACGAGCGCUGAGGACAGCCCUUCAGGGACAAUUCACGGAAGCGACGACGAAGAACCUCACACUCGAAUCAGCGAAUACUGCGAUGAAGGAAAAAAUCAACUUCCUCGAAUCGGACAGCCAAGCACAAUCGUCAGCCUACAACGACCUCCACAGACGCAUGCAGGAAGCCAUUGAAGCUGCCGAGCAGGCGCACGAAAAGCUGCGACAGGAGGAGACUUUGAGAAGAAAGCUUUUCAACCAAGUGCAGGAAUUGAAAGGCAACAUCAGGGUGAUGUGCCGUGUACGCCCAGCACACGCUUCCGAAUCCGAUCCCGCUAAGAUCACGUUCCCCGAUGUCGACACCGACAGCAAGGAGGUGGCUAUUCAGGGACCUGAGAAGAUCAGUGCAACUGGCAAGGACAUCACCGCAGCGUACCAGUACUCAUUCGACCGUGUGUUCGGUCCUGCUUCACAGAAUCUUGAGGUUUUUGAUGAGAUCAGCCAGCUUGUGCAGAGUGCGCUCGAUGGCUACAACGUCUGUAUCUUCUGCUACGGUCAGACUGGAUCUGGAAAAACGUACACAAUGUCCUCAGCAGACGGCAUGAUCCCUCUUGCUACAGCACAAAUCUAUGCAGAAGCGAAACGUUUGGAAGAGAAAGGCUGGCGUUACAAGAUCGAGGGCUCGUUCAUCGAGGUCUACAAUGAAACUUACAACGAUCUGCUCGGCCGUUCGGAGGAUCUUGACAAGAAGAAGGUCGAAGUCCGUCACGACGCAGCGAAGAAGCAGACCAACCUCGAGAACACAGUCAGCAUCGAGCUGGACGGUCCUGACCGCGUCACCGAGCUUCUGAAGACCGCCGAUAAGAACAGGACUGUAGCCGCCACGAAAGCCAACAUGCGCUCUAGCAGAUCCCACUCCGUCUUUAUUUUGAAGCUAGUGGGUACGAACGAGAUCACUGGCGAGAGGAGCGAGGGCACACUCAACCUUGUCGAUCUUGCUGGCUCAGAGCGCCUAGAGCAUUCAAAGGUGGAAGGCGCUCGUCUCAAGGAAACACAAAACAUCAACAAGAGUUUGAGCUGUCUUGGUGAUGUCAUCAACGCUCUCGGAUCAGCGAAAGAGGGUACACACAUUCCGUACAGGAACUCCAAGUUGACAUACCUCCUCCAAUACUCGCUCGGCGGCAAUUCGAAGACACUCAUGUUCGUCAUGGUUAGCCCGCUGCAGGCACAUCUGCAGGAGACGGUGACGAGUCUCAAGUUUGCGACCAAGGUACACAACACGCACAUUGGUACGGCGAAGAAGCAGACCAAGACUGCCUAG